AUGUAUUGUGCUCGGCUGCUAAUCUCUUUGGAUAUUGUCAAUAUGCCUUUGCCUUUUUGGUAUUUCAGGUUUCAAGGCAUUGUACUUCGGAACUGCAGGACCGGUUAUCCUGUGGGGACAAAGCUUCAAGCGAUCAUGACAAGGAUGGCUCUUGGAAUCACUGAUAAACACGCACUCGUUCAAGGAAUGCCGCUUGUACAAGGCAACGAUGAGUACUUCUGGUUUAGUCGUCCUCAGUUGAUUCUCCAUCUCAUUCAUUUCGCUUUGUUUCAGAACGCGUUUCAGAUCACACAUUUCUUCUGGAUAUGGUAUACCUUUGGAAAAGAUUCUUGCUACCAUCCUAACUUCAAGAUUGCUCUUGUGAAAGUAGCUAUCGCAGUAGGAGUCUUGUGUCUUUGCAGCUACGUCACACUUCCGCUUUACGCACUCGUCACUCAGAUGGGUUCACGGAUGAAAAAGUCGGUGUUCGACGAACAAACUUCAAGAGCGCUAAAGAAAUGGAGGAUGGCGGUGAAGAGGAAGAAAGGAGGGAAGUCUAGCACCACCAAGAGACUAGGUGGAGAUGGAAGCGUGAGCCCUACGGUAUCAUCAACGGUUAGGUCUUCUUCUUUGUAA